GGUUCUUCAUGGAGCUGUAGACCAGGCCUGCCUGCAGAUACGCACGCGCUGCUUUUACCUGGAAUGAGUUUGUCUAUCUCGAGCCAACACUAUCUUUACCAUCCUGCUGUUUUACCGUGAGCGCUCGUGACACCAACAGAGGGUUUACAAAUGUUAGUUCACUCCUACUCCACUGCGGACCGGCAUGACGGUGUCUCGAGCCACAGCUCGCGCCUGUCCCAGCUGGGCUCACAUGCGGGACCCUACUCCAGCGCACCGCCGUUGUCUCAUGCGCCAUCCUCGGACUUCCAGCCUCCGUACUUUCCGCCUCCAUACCAGCCGCUCGCUCACUACCAGAGCCAGGACCCUUACUCCCACGUCAGCGACCCGUACUCCCUGAACUCCCUGCACCAGAGCCAGCAGAGCGCAUGGGGGGCACGGCAGCGGCAGGACGCCGCCGGGGAGCGGAUGGAUAGCUCCGCUCUGUUGGCGCAACCUCGUGCUCUGCCUCAGCUGUCCGGGCUGGACCCCCGGCGGGACUACGGUGUGCGGCGGCCUGAUGUGCUGCUGCACUCCGCUCACCCGGGACUGGACUCCGGUAUGGGCGACGGACUGCUGCACGGGCUGCACGGUAUGGAGGACAUCCAGACAAUUGAUGACACCAACGGAACGAACAUCCUGGAUCAAUCAGUAAUUAAGAAAGUUCCCAUGCCACACAAGAACAUGGGCUCUCUGAUGCUGGGGAAGGACGGGCUGAUGGGGGGGAUCACCGUGAACAUAAACGAGGUGUUCUGCUCGGUACCGGGCCGCCUGUCGCUGCUCAGCUCCACGUCCAAGUACAAAGUGACCGUAGGGGAGGUGCAGAGGAGACUGUCCCCGCCCGAGUGCCUCAACGCCUCCUUGUUGGGGGGCGUGUUGAGAAGAGCAAAGUCCAAAAACGGUGGGAAAUGUCUGAGAGAAAAGCUGGAGAAGAUUGGACUCAAUUUACCUGCUGGAAGACGCAAAGCUGCCAAUGUCACAUUACUAACGUCUCUCGUAGAAGGUGAAGCGGUCCACCUGGCCCGGGACUUCGGUUACAUCUGCGAGACGGAGUUUCCCACCAAGGCCGUGAGCGAGUACCUGAACCGGCAGCACGCGGACCCCAACGAGCUGCACACGCGGAAAAACAUGCUGCUGGCGACAAAACAGCUGUGUAAGGAGUUCACAGACCUGCUGGCCCAGGAUAGGACUCCCCUGGGCAACUCAAGGCCCAGCCCCAUCCUGGAGCCCGGCAUCCAGAGCUGCCUCUCCCACUUCUCCUUCAUCACGCAUGGCUUCGGCUCCCCCGCCAUCUGCGCCGCGCUCACCACCCUCCAGAACUACCUCACCGAGGCUCUCAAAGGACUCGACAAGAUGUUUCUCAACAGCCCUCCCAACAACCGGCACGGGGACGGCAGCAACAAGGCCGACAAAGAGGAGAAGCAGCGGAAAUGAAGCGAGGGGGGCGAUGAAGGAGAGCCGAACGGGAGGCAGACACACAGACAGAGGCGUUACACCGUUACUUCUAGCUUUACACCACUGCCACUGACCUGCCACACACAGGGCCGAGGUGGAGGAGGAGGAAGAGGAAGGCUUGGUAGAGAGAACAAGGAGGAAGAGGAAGACACCUGUGGGCCAGUGUCAGAGAGCACAGAGGGAUGUUUCAUCUGUGUUACGUUCUUUUCAUUCCCCUGAGGACAUGAUGGUUACUGUGUUACAUCCAUUUCGCUCCCCCUGCCUGCAUCCUGUGAGACUGAGAUGCUGUGAGCAGCCAACAAACAACAUUGUGUGUGUGCCUGAGUGAGUGUGUGCGUGCUUGUGUUUGUCCUCACACAGAAAAAGCAUUGUGGGUAUGAAGAUUGAGCAUUUUAUCUGUGAAACAGGUUUGUCUGGUUACUUAACACAAGAUACGAGGAGGGAGGGUGUUAAUUUAUGUGUGUAAAUAUUUAUUUAUAUUAAUUUAAAUGGAUGGUUGUGUAAAUAGGUGCGCCAGCUAUUUUGGAGUAGGCCUAUUUAUCUGUGAUUCGACCUUUGUGAGCCGGCGGGGGGGCAGGACUCAUCCAGUGUUUUUCUGUUCUUAUAGAGCUGUUGUCAUGGUGCUGAUGAUGGGUAGACAUGCUUCUAAUUGUCCAGUGAUUUCAUUUCUAUCACAUUGAUAAUAAACCAUGUGU